UCUAUAGAAUUCCUGUCAAAGAAGAUGAAGAAAAAUAGAGAAAGAUUCUGCAACCGAGAGAGGGAAUUUGUAUAUGAAUUCAAAGUAGGAAGUCAAUGCUUAGAACUGAAGGUCCCACUCCAAUUUCCUGUUGAAGAAGAUGCCAGUCAUUUGCAUGGACGGCUAAUGCUGCUGCACAAUUUACCUUGCUUCAUAGAAAGUGAUUUAAAAGAAGCCCUGAGCCAGUUUAUAGAAGAAGAAUCCCUUAGAGAUUAUGAUAGAGAUGCUGAAGCGUCCCUAGAUGCUGUGAAAUCAGGAGAAGUAGAUUUACAUCAGCUGGCAAGUACAUGGGCCAAAGCUUAUGCUGAGACCACAUUAGAGCACGCAAGGCCGGAAGAGCCCAGCUGGGAUGAAGACUUUGCAGAUGUGUACCAUGACCUAAUCCAUUCUCCUGCCUCGGAAACGCUCCUAAAUUUGGAACAUAAUUACUUCGUUAGUAUCUCAGAACUGAUUGGUGAAAGAGAUGUGGAGCUUAAAAAAUUACGAGAAAGACAGGGUAUUGAAAUGGAAAAAGUGAUGCAAGAAUUAGGAAAAUCAUUGACAGAUCAAGAUGUAAACUCACUGGCUGCUCAACAUUUUGAAUGCCAACAAGCCUUAGAGAAUAAAUGGACAAAUGAAUUAAAACAAUCAACUGCCAUCCAAAAGCAAGAGUAUCAGGAAUGGGUGAUAAAGCUUCAUCAAGACCUGAAAAACCCCAACAACAGCUCCCUCAGUGAAGAAAUUAAAGUUCAACCAAGUCAGUUCCAAGAAUCUGUAGAAGUCAAUGGGAGGAUUUAUGAGGAACAGAGAAAGUUAGAAGAAAGCUUUACCAUUCACUUAGGAGCCCAGUUGAAGACCAUGCACAAUUUGAGAUUGCUGAGAGCCGAUAUGCUAGACUUCUGUAAGCAUAAACGAAGUCAGCGAAGUGGUGGGAAACUCCAUCGACUCCAAACAGCGCUGUCACUUUAUUCCACGUCUCUCUGUGGCCUGGUUCUACUAGUAGAUAAUCGAAUCAAUUCAUAUAGUGGAAUUAAAAGAGAUUUUGCCACAGUUUGCCAGGAAUGCACUGAUUUUCAUUUCCCUCGAAUUGAAGAGCAACUGGAAAUUGUCCAGCAGGUGGUACUUUAUGCAAGAACCCAGCGCAGCAGCAAAUUGAAAGAAUCACAUGAUUCUGGAAACCAAAAUGGAGGACGUGAUGAUAAGACUAAGAAUACUGAUCGAAACUAUUUAAAUAUUUUACCUGGAGAAUUUUACAUUACGCGGCAUUCUAACCUCGCAGAAAUCCACGUUGCUUUCCAUCUCUGUGUGGAUGACAAUGUGAAAUCAGGAAACAUCACCGCCCGCGAUCCUGCCAUUAUGGGGCUCCGAAAUAUACUCAAGGUUUGCUGUACACAUGAUAUCACCACAAUAAGCAUUCCCCUCUUGCUGGUGCAUGAUAUGUCAGAGGAAAUGACUAUCCCCUGGUGCUUGAAGAGAGCAGAACUUGUGUUUAAGUGUGUCAAAGGUUUCAUGAUGGAAAUGGCUUCAUGGGAUGGAGGAAUUUCUAGGACAGUGCAAUUUCUGGUACCACAGAGUAUUUCUGAAGAAAUGUUUUAUCAGCUUAGUAACAUGCUUCCCCAGAUCUUCCGAGUAUCUUCAACGCUCACUCUGACAUCCAAACACUAG